GCGUCUCGAUGCUCUCUCUUCAUCUGGUGAUGGUGAAAUGGCUCUGUUCAUCCUCAUCUCGUUCCAUCUGAUUCUGCAGGUUCAGCUACAAAAUGUUCCUCAGCCUGAGCUCUCAGUGUCUCCUGCCGUUGUCACACACAGAGGGUCAGUACAGCUGGACUGUAAGACUCUGUAUGCUGGAGUGUCUCAGUGUUAUUUCUAUCCAGAGAGAGACGAGACAAAUCUAAAACUCUCACCAUCCUGUCAGCUCUCACUCACUGGCUCUGAACUGACCAGGUGGACAGGACGCAGUUACAGGUCACCUCAGUCAGUCAACAUUACCUGCUACUACACUGUGGAUGAAUUCAGAACUCAAGCUGAAUCUCCUCACUCUCUACCAGCUCCAGUCACAGUCCUGGUCCUGGAUAAGAAACCAACAGUGACAGUCAGUCAUGAUGAUCAACGUCAUGAGUUCACUCUUGUGUGUGAAAUAUCACUGUCACUCAGCGCUGAUGUUGGGUGUGAUUUCUACAUUGGAGAUGAGAAGUUAAAGUGGACGAUGUCUCAGAGGACGAGAUCUGGAUCACUGGCUUGUAGUUCUACAGCUCAUAAGGAUUUUCUGUUCAGUCGUAUGAAAUCAGCGAAGAGCAGAGAAGUGAGCUGUGAUUAUUCACUGAACUCUGACCAAACCGUCCACUCUCCACUCAGUGACUCAUACAGCCUCACACAACUGCCUCCUUUACAACACAGUCAAAGAACAACACAGUCAAAAAAGCAGAAAUCUACCACAACUGCUCCAUAUGACGUUAUUACACUCCACGGUCAAACCACCAAUGCCUCUCUCACAACCUAUUCUAACUAUGAUGAGCACAUCCAAAAGGUGCCUGAAGGAACAGACCUUGUCACAAUGCUAUCAGCUUCUGUUGUUGGUGUCUUAUUGGCUGGAGUGAUGCUCGUCUGUCUUUGCAGAUUCAUCAGAAAGAAGACAACUGGGAGCCUUUGCAGGGUUGCAGAGUGUCUGACUGAAGAUAUGAGAAGUGAUGCAACAGUUUACACAACAGUAAUCUACAGUCUGUCCACCCAGGAGCAGCUCUCAGAAUGAAGAGAAAUCGUUCAGUGUCCCGUAUGAUGGAUGGCAUACAGGAUAUACCACUGGUCCUCCAUCAAACAAGAUUAAACAUAAAUUCAUUACAAAUCUAGAAUUGUUUUUUUAAUUGUAUGUAUAAAGUUGCUUUUGCAUGUCCAAGACCUACAGUGUGAUCCUACUUCUUGCUAUAAUGAAUUUCUUAAAAGGAAUAAAAUUUACACUUUGUUAAUAUUAAUCUAAUAUUUUUACAGAUGCAUAAAUAUGUUCAUACUUAAACCGAUAACAUUAAAAUGUUCUGAAAACCUGAGUAUGCUGUCUUGUGUUAACUAGAUGUGAGGUUUGUAGAGUGAAACUGUUUCUUCUGCUAAAUUUGAGUAACGUUGUCAGAGGUAUUUCAAAACCAGACUAGAAUAUUCACUGCAUGCUUACAUUCAGACAUGCUGGUCUGAUUUGUAGCACGGUGGUUUUCAGAGCAGUUGCAGUCUCUUAGGUUGUCUGAUGGCUAUAUUUAUUU